AUGACCUCGUUGAUUAUUGACUCUGAGCAGCGGAAGCUGUUGCAGAGCUUCACUCCUCCUGCCUCUCAGCCAGGCACGGCAUCUUUACAUGACAAGGAGGCGCAUUCGGCUCUUGGAAAAUCUAGGGACACAGCGAUUUGUAUUCCCUCUGAUGUCGAGUCUGAUACUGAAGAUGAAGACGAUGCGAGUCAAGAACUCGAUGGUUCGCCACCUUUUACAGCACUUACCAGCACUGUGGAUUAUUUAGAUCUAACUGUCACCGAAUAUGGCGCAACUGAGUCAGAAGCUACCAUCAGCGCGAACAUUGCGUCAGCAGUAUCCCCGACUCAAGUGGAUGCCGCCCUAGGUUGGCCGAAUGAGCCAAGUGACUCUCACCUCGCUGAUGCUGGACUGAGCCAACAGUCUUGUGGACGGAACACGUCCACUGAGUGUCAAGAUAUCAAUUUUGCAACCCCUCCUACCAGCCCUGAAAGUCAACCAUACCCAGUUGCGGCAGACGGGAAACAGCUCCGACCUGAACCAGCCAGUCAAGAGAGCAACACGGUGGUCGAUGCUGUCUCUGACUAUGACGUUUGUCAUAGCUCCCAGCCUCAUCAGGAUUCCCCUUCAACUGGCGCACACUCUCCCCAGACUGCGAGCCCCAUCGAAGUGGUCCAGGCACCAUUCCAGGAAAACGAAAUACCCACCUGCAAGUCAUACGAAGAUGCCAUUCCUAAAGCCCGCGCCCCAUCUCCCGCAACAUCCUCUGAUGGACCGUGUCAAGGGCAAGCCUCGGAUGAUACAAGCAGCGCGUCCACCCAUGUCGAGUCUGAAGCCACGAAGGUUGUGUGUAGUUCCGAUGCCGAAGUGUCUUCCACGUUGCCGUCACUUCGUCGUUUCCGCCACAAAUCCUCGCAGAUGCAUAAAACCAUGCAGUUUGAGGACGGUGACGCAGACAGUGAAGACUCAGGGAACGAGGACGGUCUUGACAGGUUAGAAUCUCAACAUAAUGAGGAGAACUCUUCUUAUCUCCCAGAUGUUGAGGAUUCUGGCUCGGAAGACAAUGAUUUAGAUGAUGUCCACCAGGGUUGCAAGCGUCGCAAGAUUUCGAAAUCCACUUCCUGUUCGGUCCGCAGUACCGCCGCCAACUUUCGGGGCUCUCGCAAAAGACAAUCGACAACACGUACCGCGCAGUUACCUAGCGAUAUCCGAACACCAGAAGCAACGCCAGCCCCGUCCGAAGCUAGCAUGUUUCUUGCUCAGUUCGAGGAAUGGUCUCUCAGAGAUGUCUUGCUCAAGCGCAUCACUGAGGGCGGUAAGACGACAUUCCAAUUACAGUUUGAAAUGGGACCACGAUUCAUGUCAGCGGAAUGCUGGUAA